GUCAUGGCUUGCACAUUGACUGCCUCUUCCUGGUCACUUCCGUGGGUCGCACGUCCCCAAUAGCCCUCAAGCACGCACCCCGGUCGAACUGUCACCGAAUCCGUCGGCCGCAGGAUAAGUAGAUUAAUUUAAUUCCAUCGCGAUCAUGUCCAGCGAUCUGCAACGCCAAAUAGUCAUCAUCGGCGGCGGCAUCGUCGGGUGCACGACCGCCUACUACCUCUGCGCGCACCCCGCCUUCGCCGCAACCAGAACCAAGGUCACCCUCAUCGAGGCCUCCGUCCACGGCGCCGCCCAGGGCGCCUCCGGCAAGGCCGGCGGGCUCGUCGCGAAGUGGGCGUACCCCAAGGAGCUCGUGAACGUUUCCUUCGCGGAGCACGUCCGGCUCGCGCAGGAACACAACGGCGCGCAGCGCUGGGGCUGGCGCUUCGUCGGGUGCGGGAGCUGGGAGGGCCGCGGCGAGCUCGCUCCGGACGAGGGCACGGGCACGGGCGUCGGGAAGGGUGGCGAUUGGCGGAGCCUGGAGAAGACGAACGGGCUGGACGACGGCUGGAAUGCACGGAAGCGGCGGGAGGCGGGCUUGCCGGACGACCUCGACUGGGUGCGCGCGGACCUGACGGACGGGUACUCGCCCAUGGCGCCGACGGGCGCGACCGCGCAGGUGCACCCGUACCUGUUCACAACGAGCAUGCUCGCGCUUGCGCAGGAGAAGGGGUGCGAGUUCGUCCGGGGGAAGGUCACCUCGAUUGAGAUCGACCAGGCCGCGGGGCAGGUCUCCGGCGUGACCUACACCACGUCCGCCGCGGACGGCUCCUCGCACACCCUCCCCGCGACGCACGUCGUCCUCGCCGCGGGCGUGUGGUCCCCGCGGAUCCUCCCCUCGCUCCCCAUCUCCGGCACGCGCGCACACAGCGUCACCAUCCACCCCCAACCCGGCGUUGCCAUCUCACCCUACGUCCUCUUCACCGAGAUCCUCUUCCCCUCCGCAGGGCGGCACGGACCACAGCGCGUGAGCCCCGAGAUCUACGCGCGCCCGGACAGCGAGGUGUACGCGUGCGGGCCGGGCGACAACAGCGCGGUGCCGGAGACGGUCGACGAUGUCGAGGUCGACCAGGCGGCGUGCGAGAGCAUACGGGAGCAUGUCGCGAGCAUCUCGCCGGAGCUGCGGGAGGGCACGGUGCACAAGCGACAGGCGUGCUUCUUGCCGGUCGUGAGCGCGGGCGGGGGGCCGAUUGCGGGUGAGGCUACCAGCAUUGCGAAGGGGCUGGUGAUUGCGACGGGACAUACAUGCUGGGGCAUCUGCAACGCACCGGGAACCGCAAAAGCUAUAUCCGAGUUGAUCAUGGAGGGCAAGAUCAAGUGCGCGGAUCUCAAGAGGCUACAGCCCUCGGUGUUCUUGUGAGCUUUAGUCACUCGGUCACCGGAAUCUGGGAUCACAGUGCAGAGGUAGAUGGGGAUAGAAAUGAUACCUCAUUUGUAGAAUGCAACAGGCUAUCGGGAGCCGAGUCACUUCGGUCGACAGAUGGUGCUUCUUCGCAUGACACAGCGCGACACCUAGGAGCGUGCCUCACAAACAUCCGCAUGAACAUAGCCAGAAUCAGCGAGUUGAACAACUACUCGCCUCGACUUGUCCAUCGCACACGACCAACCACUCGGUCACGGUCGCAGGCACAGACGCAACGUCCAAUAGGGUAUGGAUUGCUAUCGUAAACGACUAACAGCUAGCGGGUAUGCAUGCGAGACUACGGGUAUACGGCUCUUG